UCUCUCUCUCUCUCUCUCUCUCCACUCCCCCCUCUUUCUUCCCCACUCGGCUCCUCUCCCCCCUCUCGCCCACAGCGUUUGGUGUUGAUUCGAGCGGGAAGAGGGGGGUGGGUGGGAUUGGAGGGGGAGACCAUGACCUCCAGCUACGGGCACGUUCUGGAGCGGCAACCGGCGCUGGGCGGCCGCUUGGAUAGCCCGGGCAACCUCGACACCCUGCAGGCGAAAAAGAACUUCUCCGUCAGUCACCUGCUAGACCUGGAGGAAGCCGGGGACAUGGUCGCAGCCCAGGCGGACGAAAGCGUGGGCGAGGCGGGCCGGAGCCUGCUGGAGUCGCCGGGACUCACCAGUGGCAGCGACACCCCGCAGCAGGACAAUGAUCAGCUGAACUCAGAGGAGAAGAAGAAGAGAAAGCAGCGGAGAAACAGGACAACCUUCAACAGCAGCCAGCUGCAGGCCUUGGAGCGUGUGUUUGAGCGGACGCACUACCCGGAUGCCUUCGUGCGGGAAGACCUUGCGCGCCGUGUGAACCUCACUGAGGCCAGAGUGCAGGUGUGGUUUCAGAACAGAAGAGCCAAGUUCCGCAGGAACGAGAGAGCCAUGCUGGCCAACAAAAAUGCUUCCCUCCUCAAAUCCUACUCAGGAGACGUGAGUGCCGUGGAGCAGCCCAUCGUCCCUCGUCCUGCUCCGAGACCCACCGACUAUCUCUCCUGGGGGACAGCAUCCCCAUACAGCGCCAUGGCUACUUAUUCUGCCACAUGUGCCAACAAUAGCCCUGCUCAGGGCAUCAACAUGGCCAACAGCAUUGCCAACCUGAGACUGAAGGCCAAGGAAUAUAGUUUACAGAGGAACCAAGUGCCAACAGUCAACUGAGGAAAAAAAAUUUAAACAGGCCUAAGAAGAAAUCAAAAACCAUAAGACACCUAUCCUGCUCUGUCAUUUCUUCAUCCGCUGGGAAAAAAAAAAAAGUAAAAACAAUCCAACAAACAGAACUAACAUAUUGGGACCAUGGCAGAGAAAAGCAGGAGAGGAGCAAAAUGAAAAUUAGUUAACAAAUGUUCCUCCUCCCUCUGGAAUUCCACCACCAUUUGUUUCUGUGUGUUUAUUUUAUUUUUCUUUCUAUUCAUGCUUUGAUUAAUAUACUCCAAGCUUCUUUGGUUAGGGUCAGCCCACCCACUCCCAUAAUCCUGAGAGGUUUUGAAAAGGUCUGCGGCAGCCACAAAGCCACAUACACACAGGCUCAGAGAGAUGCCCCAGGCCUUGUCACCAACCUGUGAGAACCUCAGUGCCUUACUCUGAGCUCCUCCCACUUCUCUCCAGGAGCUUUUGCAAAGCCAAAGUCUUUCUGAAGAUCUGUGCCUCCCAUGAUUCCCUUUUCACUCUCUCUGUGUCUGUCGGUUAUGGUAAGAUUUUCUUCCGCCAGCUGCUGGAAAACAAAAAUUGUGUACAAGUUUGGUCACUGGUCUGUCUGAUCAGCGUGGCUGGCUGUGGCUGGCUGUGGCUGGCUGUGGCUGGCUGUAGCUGGCUCACUCUAAGCUCUCAGCUCUAGGUCUGAGCUCUAAGCUAUGCACUAUAAUAUCACCAGCAACACCACCCUGCCCCAUUUAAACAAUCAGUCAUCUUGAGUCAAAGUUAUUUGUUGUCACAGGCUGUUUGGUAGAGGAAAUAUGUUCACUGAGAGGGAGAGAAAUUUCUCUAGGAAAACAAAGACGGAAUUGUGAAAGACAUGGCCUACUUCUUCUCUUUGGUGCCUUAAGGGUAGUCAGAUGUGCACUUAUAUAUAUAUACUGUACAUAUAUAUAUCUAUAUAUAUAAAAUAUUGCAAGCUUGAGUCUGUAGUUUUUCAAACUCUACAGGAAGCAAAUUYCACACCAUCACCACUGUCCUGGUCUCUGCAGUGAUGAGACAUUAGUAAGGGAUCUUGCUUCUUAUAUUCUACACAGAAUUCUCAUUAAGGCCACGCAGCAAUAGGCAGGGCAGUUGUUUGAGAACAGUGUCGUUUUUGCAUUAGGGCUUUAAAUGAAUUACAAAUUAUUUGAGAGAACAAAGAUGUCCUUGAAUUUGGAGCUGGGGCUCUGGUGGAAUGCUGAUAUAUUCUAUCAUGGGAAUUAUACUUAGAGGAGGAAAAGAUAGUCAUCUGCUUUCUCCACUCAACAGCAAUAUGAAAGACAGGACACAUGUUUUAAGUAGAAUAUUUAAAGGUUUGACUAAAUUCCAAAAACUUUAAAGGCAAUUGUGGACUAUUUUUUUUUUCCUUAGUGUUUUGAAGUAAAGUUUAGCAUCUAGGGUUAGGAGCCAAGAUUGAUAUUUCCCUAUUUCUUUCUCUCUGUUUCCAGCCUUGCUUUUUUAACUUGCCCAGUGGACUUGACCCAACCUUAUUGCCAUGCCGUGCCUCAGUUUGCCUGUUUAUAAAAUGGGUUUAGCAAUACCUCCCUACCUCACAGGGGUGUUGUGAGGCUCUAUUCCUGUGCUCCUUUAAAGAUUUCUGUGUUCUCUGCAUGUCUAGCACUCUAGCCUYGGGAGGAAGAGGACUAUAGAAGUGUACAGUGUUCAUGGAGUGGUGCCAUACCAAGAAGCCUUAUUGUCUAGCAAGGAGAUGCUCCCUUGCGRUACAUACGUAAAGCUUUGUAUUUGGAAGCAAGAAACAGGUUUAUAUUUUUAGAUGUCUGAGAAAUCACACCAUUUGACCAAAGAAUAAUUUAAGACAUGCAAAAUAGACAUAUAUUAACUUAUAGUCUUAUCCUGGCCAGCUUGAUUCUAAUACAUUUAGUUACCUGUGAUUAGAAAUCUUUAGAUUGAUUUUGGCCAAAUAUGCCAACUGUGCAUUAUAAGUGACAGGCAAGAACUUUGGGUGUAAGAUGCACUUUUAGCAAACAUUUGUAUUUCCCUUGGCAUAUCAGAUUGAGCUAAUGGUGAUAUUUUUUCCCAGACUAACAGCCACUCAUCUCAAAAUGUAUUUCAAAUGUCCAUUCUGUACUUCUUCCAAUAAUAAGAAGAAAGCCCAUCUUAGGUAUUUUGCUUUCACAAACUGGUACCCUCUCCCUUUAACCCACUAUGAAAACAUUUCUUAGGGAAUGGUUCACGUAGGUUGGCUGGAUAAUUCACAUUACUUGCUUCUGAGGAAUCUCUUGACUCAUUCUUCUGUCCCAUGCAUUUCUGUGGAUUACUGAGUUUCAAAGGAAUAGUAUGACCUUACAGAUGGAAACAUUAUUUGAUUUGUGAAGUGAGUGCAAUCCAAAAAAUUGAUGAAUUUGAGGGGUCCGGAGUUUGGAGAGAAUAGCUAAAGGAAGAUUUAGGUUAUAGGUAAAGAACAGAAGUCAUGCAUGGAAAGGGGAGACCCUUAGAAAAGACAGUUAUGUAAAACAAAAUCUUUUGAAACCUUCAUCCUGACAUACAUUUCCAGUGGUCUACAGUAAAUCCUGGCCCCAUAAACCCAAAUGGUGGGGGAAACUGGGAGGUUCUGUCCGACACCUUAGACAAGCCAUUUCUGGGAAUUGGAAGUGAUUGGUGCCUGUCAGGCAUGGGACUGUCCAUUGGUAGUAGACCAACACUACAAGCAUCCAUUAUUUGAGCACUUGAUCAAGAAGUAAACCUUCUAGUACUAGCACUCGAUUUACUAUUGAUUUUUUUUGAAAACACAAGUUUGCUAUGUGAUUUGGAGAAGUAGCUUCUGGCUGUUAAACCAGUUUUCAGAAGAAGGUCUCAGGGCUGGACCUCAAGGCCUGGUCAUGCCCAGACAGAGAUGAGCACCAUGAGCUGUUGCCCCACCCCCCCUUCCAAACAGGAUGCUGAUGUGGAGGGUAGUCGGCAGGUUAAAUUAAAUCAGAAGAAG